AUGGGCAAUAUUAGCAGCAGAAUCGACGAGGGCGCCUUGCUAUACUUAAAGGACCAGGCGCGCUUCUCGAUCAGUUCAAUCGUUAUUAGCAAUGGCCGACGCAAAGUACUUCUGAGCAUUACACCAAAUGCAUAUCCCGCAACCCGUCUUAUUGGCAAGCCAGACACCAGCGAUUACAGACCCAUUUCAUACAUACAGGACCCUGAUGCAUCGGCGCUGUCAUUUCUCCCCAGGCUGGACCUUGAAGACGAACUUGACUUCCGCUUUACAUUUGUAACUCGACAGAACUCCGGUCCUCUGCCCGCGACACCCUCCACCACUACUCCCGCGCUCGAUGCCGCCGUCACCGGACUGACAUUUGCGUACGCUCACAAUGCCAAAGAGUUGGACACCCUCAUUACGCGCGAGUUCCACGCUGACCCCAAUCUACACAAGAACUCCAACGUGCAAUUUAUUGGUGAUUUUGGGACCCGUGGCAAUCCGUCCAUAACUUACGAAUGGACAUGGCGUUGGAAGCCUCCGAAACCCCAGGAAGACAAGGGUGGGGGUUGGCGCAGUUGUUGUAGUUUCCUCGAGUACGAUUCCAGAGCCCAUAGGCUCAAUACACUCGCAUCCUUCACCUUCUGGGUUCAGAACAUGGCCACGGCCAACGGCCUACCACUUGCUUCACCCGGCCUUGACAUCCCGACAUUCCCACAGAGGCAUAGGAUGCCAUCCUCGCAAUCAUACCAGUCCGCUAUCAGCGAUUCAGAAGGUCCUUCGGAGCAACACAACCCGCCAUCGCCACAUGUACACGCCACUGAUUUCAGCUCUAUGGCCCCUUCAUCGACGCCUGCGAUGCCGGUGAUUGACAUCCAGUGCGUGCCGCGGCCCGGGGACGACGUUAGCGCGGUUGAUGACGGCCCGGUUUUCCGGGCCACAAUGAAAGCCCUUGAGCAAAAGACCGGCACCAUGAAAGUGCAGAUCAAGAAAGUUCUAAAGAAAGCCGAAGCUGCACAGCAAGCCCAAGUCGAGUGCAAUCAGGCCAUGUCUGAUUUCUUACGAGCACUCCAGGAAGCCUCAAAUUCAAGCGCCACGGCCUUCAAGCCCGCUCUCGACCAUUACUUCACAAACAUAGCCCAGCAUAUCAUGAAGUACGAGAAGGGUAACAGCACGUUGUUGCAGAAACAGAUCAUCGAUCCCAUCUCUAAGCUGUAUAACAUGGACAUCAAGCAGGUUGAAUCCAAAAAGAAGGAUUUCGACGACGAAAGCCGAGACUAUUAUGCCUAUGUUGGCCGCUAUCUAGGCCAGAGGCAGGAUACACUCAAGGACAAGAAGCGUGCAGAAAGCGACUCCAAGUAUCAAAGCAAGAGGAAGAACUUCGAGUUGAAACGAUUCGACUAUUCGACUUUCAUGCAAGAUCUGCAUGGUGGCCGCAAGGAACAAGAACUCUUGUCACAGCUCACAAAAUAUGCGGACGGCCAGGCGAAAUCGUUUCUUGCCACGGCGAAAACGGUGGAAAACCUCACGCCACAGUUAGAUGCCCUCGUCAGGGAAGUCUCUGCAGCUGACAAGGAAUAUAAGCUACAAAGGACGGAAAGAGAAGAAAAGCGAAGGAAUCUAGAGAAGAACGGGUCUGUGGCUGCGGAACAGGAGGUGCAUUACCAACCUCCUGCCGUCGCCGUCUCCUCCCAGGCCCCAGGCCAGAAUGGGUAUAAUGCUCAUACAUCGGACACUGAUCUGAGCAGAGCCGACAGUACCAGCUCCCAAUUUGGGCAUGCUUCGAUUAAAACGCUGUCGCCCACAACGAAUUCGAAUGUCCCUUUGAACGCGAUCUUAUCAACUUCACCAAGUGGCAACUCGUUAGCACCAACUCCGAGCAAGUUCAAGGGCAUUCGCGAUCUUGACGAGACUUCGGUAUCAGCUAGCGACAAGAGUUCUUCGGGACAAUACCGCAAGGAGGGAUUGUUAUGGGCGUUAAGCAAACCCAACAGCCACAUCGACCCGAAGGGCGCGUGGCACAAGUUCUGGAUCGUCCUUGACCAAGGGAGGCUGUCCGAAUACAGCAAUUGGAAAGACAAGUUGGAUUUACAUCGCGACCCCAUCGACCUGCGUAUGGCUUCAGUACGAAUCGCACGUGACGCAGAGCGCAGGUUUUGCUUCGAGGUCAUUACGCCGCAGUUCAAACGAGUUUACCAGGCCACAAGUGAAGAUGAUAUGAAUGCCUGGAUCAACGCCAUCAACAAUGCCCUCCAAAGUGCUUUUGAGGCUGGCGGCCAAGCACCCCAGCAACUCCGGAAGGAGCCGGGUACAAGAGAGUCUGUACGUGAGUUUGGCCACGCGUUACUCGGCAAAAGCUCCUCGCAAUCUGGACCACACGGGUAUUCUCAGCGAAGUGACGUGAGUGGAGUAUCGCGCCGCAUCACCGUAGGGUCUAGGCCGACCUACACCAGGACCAGCAGCAACAGCUACGAUGAGAAUCCCUCGAAACUACUCGACCAGAUGAGAAACAAUGAUCAAGGCAACCAGUUCUGCGCGGACUGUGGUUCUUCCUCCAAGGUCGAAUGGGUUUCGCUCAAUCUAGGCAUCGUUCUAUGCAUUGAAUGCGGCGGUAUACAUCGCUCGCUGGGGACUCACGUAUCGAAGAUCCGGUCAUUGACCUUGGAUGUGCACUCCUUUACCAACGAUAUUGUCGAGUUACUGAUGCUCGUCGGCAACAGGAUCAGCAACAUGAUCUGGGAAGCAAUGCUGGAUCGUUCUCUGAAACCCACAUCGACCUCAACUCGAGAUCAACGGCUGAAGUUCAUCACGGCGAAAUACGUCGAACGUGCCUAUGUGGAACCUGUCUCUCAGUAUACCAGUGCUGAUGACACCCUCCUGACGUCGAUCAAGAGACAUGAUAUCCAAGGCGUUCUGCAAGCGAUUGCUCAGCGGGCCAACGUCAACGCUCAUGACCGUUCUAGGAACACUCACGCUGUGUUUGUGGCCCUUGCUGCUGCUGACCCAGCUCGUCCGGUCUCAUCCCAUUCGGACACGGCGCCGCCCGGUGCAGUCAAGGCGUUCCCCAUGGCGGAACUACUCGUCCAGAAUGGGGCUGAAAUCCCAGUCGAGCUUCCCGCCAUACCACUAUCCGCUGCUGCACGCUUGUACAUCGACCAGCGCACAACUCGGGCGCCUCCAGGUCACGGCGCCCACACAGAUACACUCGGUCCCCUCCCGUUUAUGAAUAAAAUCUCACCGCUGUCCUCGUCUUCAGAUGGCUCCAGUAGGCUGCAGAAGCGUGGUAGUGCCGGCGCCAGAUUUGCAGGCAAGGUCACAGGGCUGGGGGAACGGUAG